UGCCCAUCUUGGAGCCUUGGAUGCUUCUCAUGAUCUCGAGUUUCGUGCUCGCUUUCCACUUUUCGGAAGCCUUUUUUCCUCUGCGUUGUUCUCCUCCAAUGAAUGCUCUCUCUCUGUCUCCAUGUGAACUAUGAAGACUAGACUUUCUCUAAAAUCUCUUCAGCCAUUCGACAAAGAAAAAUCAGAAUCUUCUUUCUCUGCUUUUAUACCUUUUCAUUUCUCUUUCGCCUUUUUAUUUUAACGUUUUCAAAUCCUUGACUAGUUAGUCAUUUUACUUGUAGCACUUUGCUGCUGUUCUCCAUACCUCUGACAACUUAUCUGUCAGUACUCCCCGUUGUUUUCUUGUCUUCUAUCAGGCCUGCAAAAAUAUAUUAAAAAAAGUCACUUUUUUUUGGUUGAUUUGUUGUUUCAUUUUCAAGAAAUACAGGGAAUUUAGGACUCCCUUUGAACUGUUCUUUUAUUUUCCAAGUAACUUUUUUUAAAGUAGAAAUGGGAAUGCAGGUUCAUAUAUGCUGUGGAUCUGGAGUGUAAAGGGAUUUCAAGAAAUAGGAGUUUCUGGGUUGGAGGCAUUGCCACGAUUUUUAUUUUGUUAGCUAACUGACACCCUUUUUUAAGGUAACUUUGACAGCUUUAUCUUUGGUUUGUGAGCUGACAUAGUUUUACAGGGUACAUGAUGGAAAGAAUACAUGCAAUCUGUUUUGUCUUCUUCCUGGUUGCAGAAUCUUGAUCAUCUAUCAAAGUGGUUUAGAAAGCUAUUCCUAAAAAUUUUGACCAGCAUUUGGUAAUUUGGGGGCUUUAUAGGGUAGUGGUUUGAGUUAUAGCUGGGUAAACUUGGGCUUGUCAACGUUGAAGGAAUGGGUUGUGUUGCAUCAAGCAUUGAUAAAGAAGAAAGGGUGAGAAUUUGCAAGGAGAGGAAGAGAAUAUUGAAACGGUUGUUGGUAUUGAGAAAACAGUAUGCUGAUUCCCAAUUAGAAUAUUUAAGGGCAUUGAGAAAUACUGGAGUGACCCUUCGCCAAUUCACUGAGUCAGAGUCAUUGGAAAUUGAGGAUGGUGCUUUGGGUCAUGCACUGCCACCCUCACCUCCUCCCCCUUUGCCGCCUUCCCCUCCUCCCCCACCGUCUUUUAGCCCUGAUUUGAGAAACUGUCAUAACAAUCACCACAUGAAGACUUCUGAAGAGGAAAUCAUAGACAUUGAUGAGGACAAUAGUCACACUCCACCACCUCCAGUUCUGAGUACGUCGUGGGAAUACUGGGACCCUUUUGGUUCAACAUCACCAAACUGCCAACAGAAGAGUAAGAUAGAGGAGGAGCAAGUUGAGGAGGAGAACUGGGCAGAGGCGAAUACUGAGUUUGAGGAAGAAGAUCAGGUGGAUGUAGUUGCUGUAAAUAAUACUGUUGAUAUUACUCCUGUCAAGAAACAAACUGCCAGUGUUGUUGAUGAAAAUUCUUCUGUGAUGAGCUGGCACACCAAGGAUACUGCAGACUUGUCCAUGGUAAUCUGGGGAAGAAAAAAGACUUUGAGUGGUAUUAUUAGGGAUAUAGAUGAUUAUUUUGUGAAAGCAUCGGCUGGUGGGAAGGAUGUAGCUGUUUUCCUGGACUUCAAUGUGGCUGACUCUCCUCUCUACCAGAGUAUUAAUGAAAACAAGAGGAAGAGAAGCAACUCCGCAAAGGUCUUUAAUGCAUUGACAUGGAGUUGGUCCUCAAAGUCACUUCAGUCUACUAGGGAUGCUGGAGAUACCUGCGGCCCUAGUGACCCCUGCAAGCCUGGAGCUCAUUGUGUUACUCUUGCCAAACUUUAUGAUGCAGAACGGAAGCUCCACCGGGAAGUAAAGGAAGAAGAGCUUACCAAGUUGGAACAUGAAAGGAAAUCAUUAAUGCUGCAAAAGCUAGAGGAAGAAGAUCAUGACUGGUCAAAGACAGACAAAGCUCGGUCAGUGGUUGAAAGUUUGCAGUCUGAUAUUUUAUCUCUGCAACAAUCAAAUAGUUCGACUUGCUCAACCAUAUUAAAUCUCAUAGAUGAGGAGCUGCAUCCUCAGCUGAUUGUAUUAAUUUCUGGGCUGAUGUGCAUGUGGCGAAGGAUGUACGAGUGUCAUCAAGUGCAGAACCAUAUCGCUCAGCAGCUGAAUCAUCUUGUGAAUCAGCAGAAUAUGGAACCUACUAGUGAAUACGAUCGGCAGGCUGCAGCCCAGCUUAAAACUGAAGUUAAUUCCUGGUAUAACAGCUUGUGCAGACUUGUCAAAUCUCAGAGAGAAUAUGUGAGUGCCCUCUGCAGGUGGGUUCAACUCACCAACUGCCUUGUGGACAAUGGUCAGGGUAGUGUUAGCUCAUCUGCAGUGUGUACACUUUCUAAGCAAUGGCUCGUUGCACUUGACAAGCUACCGGAUAAGAGGGCUCUGGAGGCCAUUAACAGCCUUUUGUCAGCUGUCCGCUCCAUAGUUUUGCAACAGGAAGAAGAAGUGAACCUGUAUAAGAGAUCUGAUAAGCUUGAGAGGAGGCUAGAACGUGAGCUGAACUUGCUAUCUGAAAUGGAGAUGAAGUUUGAGGGUAGCUUCACUAAUGAAGAGAUGCAGACUGUUCUGGGCCCAAAGCAUCCUUUGUCAGUCAAGCGAGCUAAAAUUGAGGUAUUGAAGAAACGUGUGGAUGAUGAGAAGUCUAAGUAUAUAAACUCUAUUCAAAACACGCGAGCCAUGAUAUUGAACAACUUACAAACAAGCCUUCCUAAUGUGUUUCAAGCGUUAAUGGCAUUCUCAAAUUCAUACACUGAAAGCUUUGACACGGUGCUUAGCUAUGGAAGACGAGCAGAAAAUGAUGAAGCGUUUCCAAAUCCUGCAUGUUAAAACUUAGUGAAAUUGUAAAGUUCUUGGCAGUGUUUCAGAUUGAGAGUGCUUCAGGAUGGAAGAGUAUUUAUAUGUAAAUUCAGUUUCAAAGAAAGCUCUAUGGGACUAUAAACAUGGAGAAAUGCAACACAAGGAACAUCGUCUCUGGUUAUACAAGCUUUUGGUUGCGAAGCUCCAGAAUUAUUCAUCAAUUCCAUGUAGAAACCAGUAGAGCAAAAUGAACAGUUUUUUCUUAAUGUAGACAAAAUGUGGGUUCUUGA